AUGAGAAUCCGAGAUUUCCUUGUUGUGACAGCAGCCCUGACGCCUAGUGUGUCUGCGGAUUGGCAGUUUCGAUCACGACCAGACCUCACCCCACCUCGUCUCAACAUCACCGUCUCAGCAGCUCCUGCCCUUGUCGAGAAGGGCCUCAUCUUUGUUGCGCCAUAUCCAGGCUUCACGCCGACCAGCCAUGGCCCCAUUCAACCGGCACCGUACAUUUUUCGCGACGACGGGGAGCUCGUGUGGUCAGGCAUUGGACACAUUGCCGGCUGGGCCGCGAACUUUCGUCCCGACACGGUGGAUGGGUCCACGGUGCUUCGCGCGUUUCAAGGGCAAAUGUCGGCCCAGCUUGGCAUCAUGCAUGGCCAUCACCUCAUUCUGAACGAAAAUGUCGACAAGGACGACGAAGGAAACUACCUCGUCUCAGCACGCAACUAUGCAGCUCUUUUCAAGGUCAGUGGUGCUACCGGCAAAGUCAUCUGGCAACUUGGCGGCCUGCACGGCAGCUCAUCUUUCGACGUUGACCCUGCCGCUCGCUUCGCCUAUCAGCAUGACGCCAGAUUCUUGAAUCGAUCCUCUGAUGGGGCAAUUGAAUAUCUUUCUCUCUUCGACAACUCGGCCCACUCACCGACAAUCAAGAUCAACCCCUUCUCACGGGGCCGCAUCCUGCAGCUCAACCACACAGAAGGGACUGUCAAGGCAGCAGCUACGUAUCCGGCACCAGACCAACUUUCGGCUCAGACGCAGGGCAACACGCAAGUCUUGCCCAACAGCAACGUUUUCGUCAACUGGGGGCAGGCAGGUGCUAUCACAGAGUUUGCUGCUGAUGGGACCGUUCUGUUCCAUGCGUACCUCGAUUCAGAGCCCGGGGGUAACAGCGUGCAAAGCUACCGUGGUUACAAGCUUCCUUGGACCGGGAGGCCUAUCGAAGAACCAGCAGUUGUAGCCCUGGGAAGCGAGGCUUCCGACGACGUGGAUAUCUAUGUUUCCUGGAAUGGUGACACUCAGACUACACUUUGGCGUUUUUAUGCAGAGGAGCUCAGGGGAGACGUUACGCGUAAGCGCUUCUUGGGAGACUCCAACCGUCACGGAUUCGAGACGCACAUCAAGGUGAAGACGUUCUCUUCAGGAGAAGACUACAGGAUCGUUGCCGAGGCCGUUGACGAGAACGAACAUAGAGUUUACCGCAGCGAGAUGAACAUGAAUUAUUCGACUACCCCCCUGCUUGCUACUCGCAAAGAGGCAAGCGAUUCCGCCAAGCUUGCUUGGCAGAACCAGCACGGUGACCAAUCCAAGCCCUUGAGGAUAUGCCUUGGCCACACGAGACUGUUAUCAUUUUGGUUCUUGGUUUUGAUUUCAAGUAGCGCGGGGGCAGGCAGCGGCUCGUCAUCUGCCACCUUUCUCAAACCCGAACAUAGCACCACCACACAGGCACUCCUCAGGCUUCCAUUGCCCGAUGAGACUAUGACUCAGAGAGAAGCAUUUUACCACAAUAUGUAUCCCACCGAAUUUGAAAACUCGAGAGAGCAGGUGGACAUACCGCGCGACUUGUAUGGGCAGCCGUUGCGUGGUACGCUACGGUACUGCUUGCCUCUCAAAUACGGCUCAUCUUUUCUCGCCUUGCACCACGCGCCCGCUGCUCACUGGAGUGGCCCCGGCCCCGGAAACCCCGGCCGUCAAAUCUACAGCGUCUGUCGCACCCUGGGCGACCGCGCUUGUUGCUGCUCUGGAUGCGCGCCGCAGAACUGCUGGGGCUCGACGGUCGUGCGCGCCUCGUACCAAGAUGACGAGAAAUUCGAGCGCGCCGUGGCUGCUAUCCGUCGUCUGGCGCUCGUCACUGUCGACUAUGACGAGUCCCUACCUCGAGGUGAAGAGGCUUCACCUUGCGUCAAGCGGGCGAAACUCGCAGCAGAGCCUGAGGAGGAGCUUGAUGAAGGUCGCGUGUUGGCUGACAGAACCAAUGAAAUGAACUGGUUGCAGCUUGUCAACGACGUGCAAGCCCGGCAGUCUGACCCGACAGAGGCACUCACAACGGACCAGAUUGUCAGCGAGGAAUUCAAGUACCGGUUCCAUACCACGGUCAUCCAGGACAAGGACCUGCUCGAUCAUGCAGAACCCGAAAAAGCUGAGGAGUACUUCCAGGCCAAAGGCUGGGAGGAGCGCGAGUCGGGCGCUCGCUCGGCUUUCUUCAUGUACCUCGACGAUGAGACGAUUGACCACUUAGCCGGCGCUCCCGACGAUCAGGCACUCGCUAGGAUGACCAUCGAUGAGCGCUGCCGCAUUGCAUGGAACUACUGGGUCAAGAUUGUGGAGCCGAUGGCCCCGGAAAUUGAGGACGAUGAGAGCGGUGAUGAGGACAGGGAGGCGUUCUUGGAAGUCGAGGACAGCCAGGGACGCAGGAGCCGAAAGAGACGCAUCCGUCUCCUCUGUCUCCUCUCACUUUAUCUGGCUUCGAAGGACUACUCGUUCGAUGAGAUUCCCAAUGAAGGAGCCGACUGCACACGGUAUGCGAACCCUCAGGACGAGACGAAGGCUUGGUGCUUCGUCUCGGGCAUAUCAUGCGAGACGCCGCCCAUGAUUCACGGCUGGCUCACUGAGAUAUACGGCUACAAGGAGAGGAAAACUUUGCCGCAAACCCCGUACAGGCCUGAAACGCCAGCUUUUCUUGAGGAUCUUCGCAUCUGGAGAGAGAACCGCACCAGGAAAAAGGCUGAGGCCGCGCUGACCAGACCGCCUGCUCCCGAGUCGUCCUUUGCUGUCUUUCGCCAUCUGCUGCAGCCGCAUUGGGAGAGAACAGGCCCCUUGAAGCCAGGCCUAAGGAUUCGGCAAUAUUUUGCAACAAUGAAUGACAAUUUUGUCUACUGUGCCGACUGCAAGCCACAAAACUGCUGGGGCUCGACCAUCGUGCGAGCCACGUACAGAGAGGGCAACGAUGCGCGCUUCAAACGGGCCGUCGCGGCCAUCCGCCGGCUGACACUCGUCUCGGUAGACCAUGACGAUGAAGCACCACACCUGGAUUCUCCUGAUGAGAAUGUGCCUGUACCUCGACGAAGACUGGUUCGCGAAAACGAAGUGGACCAGCAGACCCUCGAGACUCACUGGCGAGAAGCCGCCCGUGAGAUCCGGCAGCGGGGCCCGCCCAGAUUUCUGAAGACGGAUCAGAUACUGAGCGAAGAGUUCAGUGACGAUGAACUUGAUACGAUGACGCUCGAAGAAAGGUGUCGCAUCGCUUCUCGUGAUUGGGUUAAGGUUGUUAGCCCCUUGGCCGAGGAUCUCGGCAAGACUGAGGACGACACGAAGCAAGCAGCUGGUAGGAGGAGAAUUCGCCUGAUUAAUAUUCUUCCAGUCUAUAUGAGGCUUUUGGCUGUCACCGGACUAGAGGAAGUCAAGUUGGAGGAGGUUGCUCGUGAGGAUGAGACCGAGGGCCUCGCCAAACAGUGGUGUCUGAUCGAGGGCUAUGAUGCUCUUCUAGAAGAGGACAUUGCUUAA